AUGCAGGGUGAUGGUCUACCUGGGUACUACAGGGUGAUGGUCUACCUGGGUCCUACACGGGGAUGGUCUACCUGGAUCCUACAGGGACACUUUGAUGGAGAGGAUCAGAAGAGACUUCACAGCUGCCCUCAAUGCAGGAAAAUCUUCAUACCGAGGCCUGUCCUGGAGAAAAGCACCAUGUUAGCAGCUUUAGUGGAGCAACUGAAGAAGACUGGACUCCAGCCUGCUCCUGCUGACGACUGCUAUGCUGGACCUGAAGAUGUGGCCUGUGAUGUCUGCUCUGGGAGAAAACUGAGAGCCAGCAAGUCCUGUUUGGUCUGUGUGGCCUCUUACUGUGAGGAACACCUUCAGCCUCAUUAUGACUACUGCAUGAGCUGUAUCAAAGGACACUUUGAUGGAGAGGAUCAGAAGAGACUUCACAGCUGCCCUCAAUGCAGGAAAAGCUUCAUACCGAGGCCUGUCCUGGAGAAAAACACCAUGUUAGCAGCUUUAGUGGAGCAACUGAAGAAGACUGGACUCCGAGCUGCUCCUGCUGACGACUGCUAUGCUGGACCUGAAGAUGUGGCCUGUGAUGUCUGCUCUGGGAGAAAACUGAGAGCCAUCAAGUCCUGUUUGGUCUGUGUGGCCUCUUACUCCCACUUUGAUGGAGAGGAUCAGAAGAGACUUCACAGCUGCCCUCAAUGCAGGGAAAGCUUCAUACCGAGGCCCGUCCUGGUAAGAAACACCAUGUUAGCAUCUUUAGUGGAGCAACUGAAGAAGACUGGACUCCAGCCUGCUCCUGCUGACCACUGCUAUGCUGGACUUGAAGAUGUGGCCUGUGAUUUCUGCUCUGGGAGAAAACUGAGAGCCAGCAAGUCCUGUUUGGUCUGUGUGGCCUCUUACUGUGAGGAACACCUUCAGCCUCAUUAUGAGUCACCUCCAUUUAAGAAACACAAGCUGGUGGAGCCCUGCAAGAAGCUCCAGGAGAACAUCUGCUCUGUCCAUGAUGAGGUGAAGAAGCUGUUCUGCCGCACUGAUCAGAAGUCCAUCUGUGUUGUCUGUACAUUGGAUGAGCAUAAAGGCCACCACACAGUGUCAGCGGCAGCAGAAAGGACUGAGAGGCAGAGAGAGCUGGAGGGGAGGCGGCAACAAAUCCAGCAGAGAAUCCAGGACACACAGAAAGAUGUGGAUCUGCUCCAGCAGGAGGUGGAGGCCAUCGAUCAGUCUGCUGACAAAACAGUGGAGGACAGUGGGAAGAUUUUCACUCAGCUUAUCCGUCUCAUCCAGAAAAAACGCUCUGAUGUGGAGCAGCAGGUCAGAUCCCAGCAGCGAACUGCAGUCAGUGGAGUCAAAGAGCUUCAGCAGAAGCUGCAGCAGGAGAUCACUGAGCUGCAGAGGAAAGACGCUGAGCUGCAGAAGCUCUCACACACAGAGGACCACAUCCAGUUUCUGACCAGCUGCCCCUCACUGCCAGCACUCGGGGAGUCCACACACUCAUCCAGCAUCAGGGAUCAGAAGGGAGUUCACAGCUGCCCUCAAUGCAGGAAAAGCUUCACACCGAGGCCUGUCCUGGAGAAAAACACCAUGUUGGCAUCUUUAGUGCAGCAACUGAAGAAGACUGGACUCCAGCCUGCUCCUGCUGAUCACUGCUAUGCUGGACUUGAAGAUGUGGCCUGUGAUGUCUGUUCUGGGAGAAAACUGAGAGCCAUCAAGUCCUGUUUGAGCUGUGUGGCCUCUUAUUGUGAGGAACACCUUCAGCCUCAUUAUGAGUCACCUCCACUAAAGAAACACAAGCUGGUGGAGCCCUCCAAGAAGCUCCAGGAGAACAUCUGCUCUGUCCACGAUGAGGUGAAGAAGCUGUUCUGCCGCACUGAUCAGAAGUCCAUCUGUCUUGUCUGUGCGAUGGAUGAGCAUAAAGGCCACCACACAGUGUCAGUGGCAGCAGAAAGGACUGAGAGGCAGAGAGAGCUGGAGGGGAGGCGGAAACAAAUCCAGCAGGGAAUCCAGGACAAACAGAGAGAUGUGAAGCGGCUCCAGCAGGAGGUGGAGGCCAUCGAUCAGUCUGCUGACAAAACAGUGGAGGAGAGUGAGAAGACGUUCACUGAGCUGAUCCGUCUCAUCCAGAACAGACGCUCUGAUGUGGAGCAGCAGGUCAGAUCCCAGCAGCAAACUGCAGUGAGGGGAGUCAAAGAGCUUCAGCAGAAGCUGCAGCAGGAGAUCACUGAGCUGCAGAGGAAAGACGCUGAGCUGCAGCAGCUCUCACACACAGAGGACCACAUCCAGUUUCUGACCAGCUGCCCCUCACUGCCAGCACUCGGGGAGUCCACACACUCCUCCAGCAUCAGGGAG